AUGUCUACACAACACACUCUUGAGGAUGUCUUGGGGUGUGAGACUGCUUUGUUCGAAUGGGCAGAGAGCUUCGAUUCGAAGGACUGGACACGUCUUCGAAAGUGCGCCGCUCCAGCGUUGAGGGUGGACUACCGCUCGUUCCUCAACAAGUUGUGGGAAGACAUGCCGGCUGAUGAGUUCGUGGGCAUGGCUUCCAACCCACACUUCUUGGGCAAUCCGCUGCUGAAGACCCAGCAUUUUGUAGGCUUGUCAUCCUGGGAAAAGGUCUCGAAUGAUGAGAUCGUGGGGCACCAUCAGAUGCGAGUGGCCCAUCAGAGGUAUACGGAUUCUACUAUGAAGACUGUGGCUAUCAAGGGACACUCACACGGGAGCGCGACCAUGUGGUAUAAGAAAGUCGACGGGGUUUGGAAAUUUGCUGGACUCAAGCCAAUCGAAAGGUGGUUUGAGUAUGAUUAUGACAAGAUCUUUGGAGACGCAACGAACGAAUUCAAAGAGUAG